UCAAUCCAUUUCCUUUCCCUUUUUCCCCGUCCCAUGCUUACUGCUUCUUUUCGCCCGCCCAGCGGUGGCUGGUAUUCCCGUCCCCCCCCUCCAAUGCAACGACGUGGUCGUUCACGCCAGAUUUCACCCGUAGCUCUGGCCAGACAGGCAUCCGAAGAACGGAGAGUACUUUUAUAUCUCGAGAAACAGCGAGAAGAAGAUAUUACUAUACACCCUGACUUCUUUGUGUCACCUCCCGCCAAUAUCUUACUCCAGUUGGAGAAGGCGGAUCCUCCAUCCACGCAUCCACAGGAGCAAAGUCUUACUUCAGACGCGUCAUCAAUAGUUCGUUCUGCCUCGCAGUCUACAGAUUUCCAGAUCGACUGCAUGGAUUCGGUCAACAGAUCUCCUUCGUCUACCCGUUCUUCGUCCCCGACGCCAUCAGGGUCACUAGGGUCUGCUGAAUCAUCAGCACCCUCUUCUGUUUCCCCUGAUUCUUACGACUCCCCUCCAUCGCCCCCUCGAUCACUCGCAGACCAAGUCCAGCUCAAAGGGAUCGAUGUUACCUCAGAUAAUGAUCCUCGGAUCGAUGAAGUACGCGACGAAGAUUUUGACAUGUGCUUCGUACCAUCUGGUCCACUCAAACUUGAAGAACCUGAAAGGCGCGUCGUCCAAGAAACUCGCCAGAAACAGCGUGAAAAGUGGGAGGAGGCUCAGCGAAGACAACGCCUGCGCAUGUGCGAAAAGGUCUGGGAGGAAGAGAAGCAACGUCUGCACACCGAGCGACUUCGCGCUAUUCGCCGUCGUGAGGAGGAGAUUGCUAUAGAGGAAGAGCGAAGACGGGUUGCAGAGGUUCAACAGCGUGAGGAGGCAGAGCUCGCUCUCCAACAGCGUUCCACGCGGGUGGGGUUCUCGAUGGCUAAACGUCAGACUGUGUCUUACGGUAAAUUAUCGCAGGCACGGCUCGAGAGGUGCUCGUUGAAACGUGACGAAGAUGCGUUUCAGUACAGCUUCAUGCGGCCCGUGAAGCUGAGUACCACCCCACCCAAGCGUGGUCUCACCUCCCCGAAGGGGCUGCGUAAUGACGCCAUGCUGAAACCUUCAGGUGGCCAGCAGCGUACGGUGUCGUUCAAGGAGGUCGUGUCCUCUAUGGACGGUAAGCUGUUCCCCCUCGACGCAGCUGAGCGGGCGGAGGAGGCAAGGCGUAUUGCUGGCAUCAGUCCUGUUACCAGCCCUUCGCGACAUCGCCGUCAUACCUCUGCACGGUCCGAGUUACUCCACAGCCUGCUGCAGGUUGUGGAGUGGCAAGAAGGAGAGAGGCGUAAAGCGAAAGGGAAGGGUGUGGAACGGCCUGCGCAGCUUCUCGAGCAAUCUCCGCUCUGCAGUACUCCCACCCCUGUACUUUCGAUCCCUUCGACUGACUCGAUACCCGCGAUGUCGUCGUCUGUUUCCACAUCUCGGUCAAACUCUUGGUUGUCUUUUGGGAGUUGGCGCUCAUCUGUAACAGACAUUACAUCUCCUGAUGCGUCUUCACCUGUCUCUGACUCUCCCAAAUGCUCUACGUCCUCCUUCCAGUUGCCUACUCUCUAUGAGAGUCAACGUGAUCUCAGUCCGCGCUCCUCCUUUGUUCUCGUUUCCCUUGAUGAGACGCCUCUCUCGCCACCCAAGGCUCAAAGACACGCUCGGGAGGUGCAAUCCUCUCGACCUGCUGUAGAUGUCCCCUCUCUAGCAGGUAACUCUCAUGAGGUCGAGAGUGUGGGGAAAAUACUGGUUCGACACGUUAGUCGUUCUGUCCACGGGAUAGUUGACGCAGCGAAAGGACUUCAGUCAGCCUACAUCUCUGCAACUAUGUUUUCCGUUGGCGCUGCACCCUCCCACUCUUCUACGGCUUGUCCACAGCCUCGAGCAGUGCACUCCAGCAGAAGGUGUUUCCGACGCUAUGGCUACCGUGCUCACCCAGCAGACGUGAAGAAGUUUACUUCUCUCACCACGCCAACUCCAACCACUACCUCUCCCGAACCCAUCCACUUCAUUCCUCUCGUGUCUCCUUUUCCAGCGACGCCGGGCGCUGCGCCACUUGUGCAUCACUCGACGUCCUGUCACACUUUUGUCACCCCCUCACCUCUUCGCCCCCGUACUCCACCUACUACGCUUGCUUAUCGCAUGCGCCCUGUCGCGAACCCCGAAACCCUCCGUUUACGCGCGCUACAGAAUCUCAUGUAUGCGCGGGGCAAAGAAUGGGAAGGCCGCGGACGAGAAGGCGGGCUCGGCUGCGGCAAAGAGCGUAUGCUUGGCAUCGCCUUUGAAGGCCGAGGGCCGAGCGGCCUAGGGUGCGAGAUGCGUUUCGUUAUCGCAUGA